AUGCUCACCCGAUUGAAGAACAAUAUUACCAAGCCAAAAACCCACACCGACGGCACCGUCAGAUACCCCAUACCCAAAGCUCUCCUUGCUGAAACAGAGUUUGCGAUGGUUGAACCAUCCUGUUAUACAACUACGGUCAAGCAUCCUCAAUGGAGAAAUGCCAUGAACCAAGAGUUUGAUGCGUUACUUAAAAAUGGUACCCGGAUUCUUGUACCCCCUACGGAUGCCCGAAAUAUUAUUAGUUCAAAAUGGGUCUAUCGAAUCAAAAGAAAAGCAAAUGGUGAUGUGGAAUGCUACAAGGCACAGUUAGUAGCCAAUGGCUACCUUCAACAAGCCAGAGUAGAUUUUUCUGAUACCUACAGUCUAGUGAUAAAGCCCACAACGGCACUAUAUGGCCUGAAACAAGCCCCAAGGGCCUGGUUUUCACGUCUCAGUAAUCGACUUCUGGACUUAGGCUUCCAUGGGUCACGGUCGGAUACGUCCUUGUUUAUUCACACUUCAUCCAAGUUCACAAUGUAUAUUCUUAUUUAUGUUGAUGACAUCCUGAUCACUUGCUCUGACAAGUGUGCCAUUGAUGAACUGUUAAACACUCUACAUUGUGACUUUGCAAUUAAAGAUCUGGGCAGAUUGAAUUUUUUCUUGGGUAUUGAGGCUCUUCAUUCAAAAGGGAAGCUUAUAUUAUCUCAACGUCGAUACAUUAUGGAUUUACUCCUCAAGACAAAAAUGCAUGAAGCCAAAUCCAUUAGUACUCCCAUGGCCACCUCCACUAGUCUCAGUUCCUUUGAUAGUGAGGAUUUUAGUGAACCCACAUUAUUUCGCAGCAUGGUUGGAGCUUUACAAUACUUGUCAGUCACUCGGCCAGACAUAGCCUUCACAGUUAAUAAGUUAUCCCAGUUCAUGCACUCACCCAAAUUAGCUCACAGGCAAGCAGCAAAACGUCUACUUCGGUAUCUAAAACAAACCAUCAGCUAUGGUCUCUCUUUUAGCAAGUCAGCCAACACUACUUUACAAGCUUUUUUAGAUGCUGAUUGGGCAGGUUCUCGGGAUGAUCGAAGCUCAACAGGAGGUUUUUGUGUAUUUCUUGGGCCGAACCUUAUCUCAUGGAGUUGCAAAAAGCAAGCCAUAGUUGCUUGUUCAAGCACCGAAGCGGAAUACAAAGCACUCGUCAAUACAGCUGCUGAACUCCAAUGGCUUCAGUCCCUACUGCAAGAACUUGGCAUUAAAGCCUCGGCUCCCCUACUUUAUGGUGUGACAACAUAG